GGCGUUUGAUUGUUUGAGCAAACUUUUCAGCAGGACCGCUUGCCUCCUUUCCCUCUGCGGUGACGGGUCCGGACAAAAGGAGUUGAAAAGACUCUCUUCAUUUUCAGCUUGAAGCCAAGGUCCAGAUCGAGCCGUCGCCAUGUCUAGCAAACGUGCCAAGGGAAAGACCACCAAGAAGCGGCCACAGAGGGCCACCUCCAAUGUCUUUGCCAUGUUUGACCAGUCCCAGAUCCAGGAGUUCAAAGAGGCGUUCAACAUGAUCGACCAGAACAGGGACGGUUUCAUCGACAAGGAGGAUCUGCAUGACAUGCUGGCCUCUUUGGGUAAGAACCCGUCGGAUGAAUACCUUGAGGGAAUGAUGAACGAGGCUCCGGGGCCCAUUAACUUCACCAUGUUCCUCACAAUGUUUGGCGAGCGGCUCAACGGGACGGACCCCGAGGACGUCAUCCGCAACGCCUUCGCCUGCUUCGACGAGGAGGGAUCUGGGUUUAUCCACGAGGACCACUUGAGAGAGCUGCUGACCACCAUGGGCGAUCGCUUCACAGAUGAAGAGGUGGACGAGCUGUUCCGCGAGGCGCCAAUCGACAAGAAGGGCAACUUCAACUACGCGGAGUUCACUCGCAUCCUCAAACACGGCGCAAAGGACAAGGACGACGAAUAGAGGGAAAACGGCUGCUCCUGGCUCCCGCUCACAUGCUGCACCACAGAUUUUCACCGAUCCCUCCCCCUUACAGUGUAUAUUAGAAGUAAAUAAAUUCAGAAUCACUAUAUAAAUGUC